GUGAGCAUGUGAGAGAAGUAAUAACCAUUAUCGUAAUUGUUACUCAGUAUUAAAAUUUUAAAUCUUUUCUCAUUUACGAUAAGAGCUCUGUAUUAACAUUUAAAUUAUACGUUUCCGUGAAAAUGUUACAACCGGAAUCGAUUUUUAUUUUCCUUUUCAUGUAUAUUAUCAAGAUAAAUGCAGUUCCACCAGACGCUUGCUUCGCUAACUUCAGAUGGGACGACUGCGGCAGACCACCUAAACGAGUUCUAUACUACUGGAAACCUGGUUCUCGAUGCGAAGUAGGAAUAUGGAGAGGAUGCCUUCCCAACCUUAAUAUGUUCCAUGACGAAUACGAGUGUGUCAACACUUGUAUAUUUACCGCAAGAGCCCAACCUGAUGAUUACCAUAAAGUUACUGAAGUUGAAGAAACAGAAGGAAGUAUAACCAAAUAUAUCAAUGUAACCAUUAGUAUUUCAGAUGAUAAUGUUACAACUACAGAAGCUACAGAAGCAGAAACUACAAUUGCAGAUCAUGAUAAUACUACAGAUGUAGUAGAAACGAGUGAAACUACUACAGUUGCAAAUGUUGAUAAUACUACAAAUGUAAUAGAAACGACUGAAACUACUUCAGAUGCAGAUAAUGGUAAUACUACAGAUGUAGUGGGAACAACUGAAACUACUACAGUUACAGAUGAAGUAGAAACGAGUGAAACUACUACAGCGGAAACUAACGGUAUCGUAACAGAUGGGGAUGAAACUGUCUCUGGUGAUGCUAAUGCAGCUUUAUCUAAAAAUACUAAUAAUAAGAACGAGCGUGAGAGUGAACAGUAUAAGAAUAAGGAUGAUAGUACUAAUAAGAAUGAGGAUAGGAAUACUGUUAAUACUAAAAAUAAUAAAAAUGAUGAAUGAGAAUAA